GGCCACGUGACUACGUGACCACGAGGGAGUUCGGGGGCGUUGCCAACAUGACGUCAUUGGGACCCGGACUUCCUGCUCUGGGUGACAUCCCGGGUGAAACUUGUCGCGGAUGAACAAAACCAAGAGGGAAAUAACAUCGAGGCGAGGACCGACAUCUGGAAGCAAAGGAGGAGGAGGGGGACGAGGAGGUGACAACAGAGCAGCAGCGGCAGCAUCAGGAAGAGGAGGAACAGGAGGUGGAGGAGGAGACGCCAUCGUCACCACAAUGGCGCGUUUACCGGGGGCGGCCGUGCGAUGGCUGCUCGUGACCUUCGCCCUGCGCCCCCCUGUGCUGACCCAGGGCGGUCACUACAGCGUGGUGUUGCUGGGCGCCACGGGGGACCUGGCACGCCGCCACCUGUGGCCGGCGCUCUUCAGCGUCUACGCCCAGCGGGCGAGCGUGCCGGCACCGCCACCACGAGGAGGAGGAGGGGGAGACGAUGGCGGGGGGUGGCGGCGAGACACGUUCUCGUUCCACGGCGCGGCGCGAGCGGAACCCGCGGAGGGGCGGCCCGCGAUGUUCAGCGCGUUGGGGCCGGGGCGGCUACGGUGCCCGCGGAGGGUGGCUCCGGCGCUGUGCGGCGUCCUGAGGCAUCAGUUUGUGAUGCUCACCUCGUACCACCGCCUGUCGACGGAGGGCGACUUCCUAUCGCUGUGCCGGGACUUCCUGUCGGCGCGGGCUGAGGAGGAGGGCCUCGUGGAGAACGGGCGGCUCUUCUACCUGUCGGUGCCGCCGCACGCCUAUCCCGGCAUCGUCGCCCGCCUCCACAGGCACUGCCGCCCGCCACAGCCCGGCGCGUGGCUGCGCGUGCUGCUGGAGAAGCCGUUUGGACGGGACCUGGCGUCGUCGCGGGAGCUCGCGGCGUCGCUCGCCGGCUCGCUGCGCCACGGCGAGCUCCACCUCGUCGACCACUACCUCGCCAAGCCGGCGGUGGCUGCGAUCCUGCCGUUCCGAGCGCUCAAUGCUGCGUCUCUCACCACCGUCUGGGGCGGCCCCAACGUCCGCAGGGUGGAGGUCACGCUGAUGGAGACGCACGGGGUCAAAGGGCGGAUGAGCUUCUACGACAAGUACGGGGUGGUGCGCGACGUGCUGCAGAACCACUUGACCCAGGUGGCGGCCCUCAUCGCCAUGGAGAUGCCCCCCGCUCGCGACCCCGUCGCCGCGGCGAUGCUGCGGGCCGCCUCGUUGGCCGAGCUGCUGCCGCCGGAUCGCUCGAACGCCGUGAUUGGCCAAUACGAGGGCUACGGGGAGGAGCUUGCCCAGGAGCUGGGGCUGGCUGGGGUCGCCGAGGGCAACGGCAGCCGCACGGCGACCUAUGCAGCGGUGGCGCUGCGCUGGUCCUCACCGCGCUGGCGCUCCGUGCCCUUCGUGCUCGCCUCGGGCAAGCUGUCGUCACGGCGCCGCGUGGCCCUCGCGCGCCUGCUGCUGCGCCGGCCCCGCGGGGCCCAGGUCGCCUUCCUCAUCGGGGGCUGCGGCGGCGGCGGCGGCGCCCACGACCCGGAGUCCGAGUCCGGAGCGGGAUCCGGAGCCGGAGCGGGAUCCGGCCACGCGUCGGCGCUGCUCGUGAGCCGCACUCUCUUCCGGCCGCGCGUCGACGAGCGGCUCUGGAGGGAGGCGCGGCACCCGGAGGAGCUCGGCCUCGGAGACGACGACCUGGAGCCCCCCCUCGGGGGGCGCGAGGGGGGGGCUGUCGCCGCAGCAGGGAGGAGAAUCCGAUGGCUGGGCGCGCCGCUCGACUCGUUCCACGUGUUCGUGCCGCGGUCACGGCCCGUCAGCGGCAGCGGCGGAGACGGCGCGUCGAACCGCGACCCCGACAAUAUCGGCGGCGAUGAGGAGGUGGAGCUGGCGCUGGAGGGCAGCGCCCACGCCGUGCUGCUGGACGCCGCCCUGCGUGGCCGCGGCGCCGCCUUCGUGUCGCUGGGCGAGCUGGAGGCCGCGUGGGGGGCCUGGGACCCGCUUCUCGCGCAGCUGCAGGGGGUCGCGCCCAUUCUCUACCCUCCCGGCACGCACCCCCCUCUGCACCCCGCGGCGUACGGUGGGGACGACGGUGGGGACGAUGCCGACGGUGGCGACGGUGGCGACGGUGGUGGUGAUCACGGUGAUGAUGAAUUUCACAAGGGUGGCGGCAUUGAUGCGAUAGAUGAUGAUGAAGACAUUGGUGAUGGUGGUGGUGGCUUUACGAAGAGAGAUGAUGAUGAUGAUGAUGAUAGCGGCGAUGCUGAUGGUAACGAUCAUGAUGGUGAUGAUGAUGGUCACGAUCAUGAUGGUGACGAUGGUAAUGAUCAUGAUGGUAACGAUCAUGGUGGUGAUGAUGAUUUUCACAAAGCAGAAAGAGCUCAUGAUAAAAAUGAUGGUGAUGGUUACAAGAGUGGUGAAGAUCAACGAGAUGACGACGACGACGAUGGCUCUGAUGAUGGCUCUGAUGAUGAUGAUGGAGUGAACUUCAUUACAAGCGACCCGUUCUAUGACUCCAUAGCCAAGGUGAGGCUUUCGCAGCGAAUGUGGAACGAGUCCCAUAUUCCCGUCCACACCAAUGUCUCCACUUCGACCCCAUGAGUCCUCAUCUUCCCGCCACCUCCUCUUCCUCAUUACUUUACCAGGUAAGGCCCACUGAGCGAUGGAGCUCUUUAACUGAAACAAAUCUUGGCCAUCACUAACGAUGGCUCAAUGAUAGUGGCUCAUCCAUGUGGAAAUUUACAGCGUAAAAAUUUUUGCUCUAAAACGCGCGACGUUGAUUCUAAAUGUGGGGGGAAAAACCGGAGGACCCGGAGAAAAAUCCACGCGACCACGUGGAGAGAGACACCACAAAC